GGAUAAUACCAUGCCGUAUUUUAUAUUCUGCCGAAAUGGAGGGUCGCAACCAAGUUAUGCAGUUACUGUCGUUAUACAUUUAGCAUUUCAGCAUGUGCUCACUUGUGUUUUAUGUGGAACAUGGCAGGCAUAUUAGCGGUUCGAUAUGAAGAAGUCAAAUUUCAUCCUUGCAUUUGCUAUAUCUUUCGGAAUAGGAAUGCUUUACUUUUACAUGAACAAAUCCUCAACGGAAAACACAUAUAUAAACAUCAACUCUCUAUGGCAGCCAUCGCCUAUGGCUUUCAAUUCUUCCACCCAAAACACAAAAGAGUCAGCAUUUGAUCCUACUGACGCUAAAAAGUACGAGAAAUAUUUAACAAAAUACACACCUGGGUAUGACAAAAAUUGCGUAUUGACUUUACCAAAUAAAUAUAUUGGAGAAGGGGAUUUCCCGCUUAAAAUUCCUGGUGACAAUGAAAUGAAUUCACUUUCUCACGAUGUCAUUUCCUGUUUGUAUCAUCGUUACGUCACGACCAUUCAAACAUUUUGUGCAUUCAAGGAUCGCGCAGGCGAAGUGAAACGAAAUGGUUGGUAUAUAUGCGCUGAUCCUGCUUAUGUGCCAAAACAAAACUGCUUAGUUUUUCUCUCUAACAAAGCUUUCCCAGAGAGUACGUUUUCAGCCGACAUGACUUCGCGGUAUAAGUGUCAGGUCCACUCGACACCAUUUUCAUCAACAGAAACAUUAAAAUCAUCGAUGGAGAAAACAAUGACAGCCGGCAGAGUAGUAGAUAUACUCACGUUGUCGCUGAACAGGACUUCGGAUCUUGUGUUCAUCAAAACCAUGAUCAAGGACAAAUCUAUUCAGAAGGUCAAACAGCUCUUACUGGAGUUACAUUUUGAUCCGAAAGUUACAAAAACUGAAGAAUACGUUCAAAUAUUAAAACACCUAAGAAUGAUACACAAUGAAGGCUUAAGGAUCACGUGGUUUGAUCGGUUGAUACAUUGUGCUACUAACAGAUAUAAUAAGUGUUAUGCGAUAUAUUUCGUCCAGCCUAACUUAAGAGAUAAAACUAAAGGCCCGACCGUUGUGAAUUUUCCUACUGUUAAAGCAAUACAGCGUAUGAAGAGUGACGCCAUUGGUAAUUUGUUUUUUAAGUAUAUCGAGACCACCCAGUUUUUCUGUCAGCAUAUACUGAGAAUCGGGAGGAUCACGGACGGGGGCUGGGAUGUGUGUCACGAUAGAAUGAUGACGUAUAAAGACCCCUGUUUAGUGUAUUCAUUCGGAGUGUUUACGGAUUUAUCAUUUGAUGACGAAAUAGCAGCUACCUACAAUUGUAAGGUGCACGCUUUCGAUCCGACAACGCCAUUCGGAACUCAUCAGCACGCACCUCGGGUUUGGUUCCAUCGGUUAGGGAUAGGAACCAAGUAUUCAAAAUUUAGCAAUGGAUUCGUAGCACCACUUCAGAAAAUCCGUGCUGACUUGCAUCAUCAAUCUUCUUCUAUCGCUGUGUUCAAAGCUGAUGUUGAAGGUGCAGAGUGGUCAAGUGUACCUCAUAUGAUUGAUACAAACCAACUGAAUGACGUGUCACAGUUAUUUUUAGAAUUCCAUGGUUGGGGAGAUUCACCCCAUGAACUGAUUGUCUUGAAAAAGCUUCACGAUGCGGGGUUCCGUAUUUUCUGGUACCAUAUUAAUCCUGCCUGUACUUUCAACAAGAAUCUACCCCGCCGAUCAAAAUGUCAAGAAGUAUAUUUUAUUAAUACUAAAUUCCAGCCAUAAUAGAGAAUGAAUGUUGAGUAAGAGUUAAUGGAAUUGUUCAUCAUAUUUUCUUUUGCCUUACCCAUAUCACUGUUAUUGGUAAAAAAAAAAACUAUAGAAAAUUCUCAUUAAUUACAGUAUUUAUUAUGUAGUAUAUAGGAAAAAGGCCACAUACAUGUGAUUGCAUUUUUUAAUUUAAAAUGUUAUUAAAAGAUAAACAAAACUAGAGCUUUAUUAAUCAGACAGUAUAUAAUCGCCAUGUUGACACUAUUUAUUUUUCACAACUGGUACUUAAUAAAAAUACAGUAUAAUCUGAGAACAUCAAACUUCAGAGUGUUACUGUAGCAAUAAUAUGUUUACGUCUGCUGGGAAAAAAAGAUAUACAUUGGAAAUAUUUUCCUGAAAAGUUUCAUUUUUAAUUUUGCAAUGUGAAAUUUAUUCUUGAAUACCUAUUCGGGUAAACACUAUGCCAAUUCCUAAAACAUAAUAAACCUUUCAUAACAUUUUUCAAAUAUAAUAUACUUGUAGGCGAUCAUAUUGUUCAAGUUUCGUAAACAAAGCAAUAAGAAAUCAUCAAUGCUAUAGAAGUGUAAACAGUACAUUCAGUAUUCAGAUUUUAUAAAAAAUUUUGUAAAUAUUAAUACGUUUUUUUCUGUCACUUUUCUCGUCUGAUAUUGAUUUAUUUUUAGUGCUUCACUUGGUUGUGAGAACGAGAUAAAAUAUAUUAUCUGUAAAUCAAUGCUUUGGAAACCUGUGUAUAUCUUUAAUGUCUUGGUCAUGUUUGUGCACAUGAUGAUACAUUGUAGGACAAAUAAUACAUGGACAUGAAUGAAUAGCAAGAGACAGCAAAACUGAAAAAUUAGAUGGUUUUCUAAAUAAUGCGGAUUUAUAUGUUUGUUUGUUUUUUGUUA